UCUUGUUGUUCCUCCUACCCUCCCCCAGAGGGCACUGGUCACUGACGUAGCGUCUUGUUGUUCCUCCUCCUCUCCUCUAGAGGGCGCUGAUCCUCAGCCUGGCCCAGAAGCUGUCGGUGCUGCGGGAGGCGCGUCUGGGCCUCCAGGAGGAGCUGCAGCAGAACGAGGCCCUGGGUCGGGAGGUGGAGGCGGGGGUCCAGCGGCUCUGCCCCCCCCACCAGCUCGACAAGUUCCGCAUGUUCGUGGGCGACCUGGACAAGGUGGUCAGCCUGCUGCUGUCGCUGGCCGGCCGGCUGGCCCGCACCGAGAUCGCCCUGGGGGCCGCCGGGGAGGGAGCCCCCGACACGGGGGAGAGGAGGACCCUGGAGGAGAAGCGCCUGCUGCUCCUCCGUCAGCACGCCGACGCCCUGGAGCUGAAGGCCAACCUGGACCGGCGGGAGUGCGUGGUGAGCCGGGUGAUGGAGGCCCGGCUGGACCCCGGGGCCCUCGAGGACUACCGGCACCACGUCCGCAUGAAGGGGGCCCUCGCCACCGAGCGGCGCCUGCUGGACGACCGGCUGAAGCUGGGCGCAGAGCAGCUGGCCUGCCUCAUGGACAGCCUGCCCCCCGACCAGAGGCCCCUCCUGGGGGCCCUAGACCCGGGGCCCCGCUGGGUCUAGGACCAGGACCGGGACCGGGACCCAGCAGCUGGCCUGCCUCAUGGACAGAGGGGCCCCACGCCUGGGGCCCCGGUGUGUGUGUGUGUGUGUGUGUGUGUGUGUGUGUGUGUGUGUGUGUGUGUGUGUGUGUGUGUGUGUGUGUGUGUGUGUGUGUGUGUGUGUGUGUGUGUGUGUGUGGGUGGUAAUUUAUUGUAGCCUACAGAUUGUUUUUGUUUUGCUGACGAAGAACGACUUUAGGAGAUUAUUAUUAUUCCAAUAGUAUUAUUGAUUACCUAGAAGUUUUCCUGCUGUUAAAGUAUUAUUCUUUCUACAUUGAGAACGAUAACUAUAUAUAUAUAUAUAUAUUUAUUUAUUUAUAUCUAUAAAUUAUUCCGUAAUUAUAUCCUCCUAUUGUUGAUGCAGACUUUUUGUUUUCAUUUUUAAUAAUAAAACCAGUCACACCAGU